UUUGACGUGUUGGGACGGACGCAAGACAAGGUGUUCUCAGUGUCCGUGAAAGUCAAUGAUGCCGAUCAGUCAAGAUUCUUUUGGAAAAUCUGUCGAAGGAGAGUCUGUUACAAGAUACACCUUCCAGAACAAGAACAACGUUAUCGUGAGAGUCCUGGACUAUGGCGGCAUCAUCACUGACAUCAUCGUCCCCGACAGGAAUGGCAAGAUGGAGGACGUCAGUCUUGGCUUUGAUAACAUGGAAGGCUAUGCUGGGGGUCCAUAUAUGGGUGCUCUGAUUGGACGAUAUGCCAACAGGAUCGCUGGUGGACAGUUCAGUCUUGAUGGCAAAUCCUACUCCCUGUUUGUUAACAAUGGACCCAACAGUCUGCAUGGAGGAAAGAGAGGAUUUGACAAGCGACUAUGGGAGGCCAAGGUUGACGGAAACAGACUGAGCCUUGAAUAUGUCAGCCCAGAUGGUGAGGAGAACUACCCAGGGGAGGUAACUCUGACAGUCACAUACGUACUGACUGAUGAGAAUGAGCUGAUCAUUGACUACACGGCAACAUCGACCAAGGCAACACCUGUCAACUUCACCAACCAUGCUUACUUUAAUCUGGGAGGCCAUGCAUCAGGGAAGAUCGAUGAUCAUCGUGUGCAGAUCAAUGCAGAACAUUUCCUGCCUCUGGAUGAUAACUCUAUACCUACAGGUGAGAUCCGGAAAGUGGAGGGAACGGAAUGGGACCUGAGGUCCCCUGUACGUCUUGGGGACCGACUUGGGCAGGUGCCUGGUGGGAAGGGGUUUGACCACAACUUCAACCUGUCUCUGUCUGGAGAAAAGCGUCUGGCAGCAAGGGUGGAGCACCCGCCAAGUGGGAGGUGGAUGGAGUGCCACACCACGGAACCAGGGGUGCAGUUCUACACCAGCUUCUAUCUGCAGGACGUGGUGGGGAAAGCAGGGGCCAUCUACUCCCAGUACGGAGGAUUCUGCCUGGAGGCUCAGCACUACCCUGACAGCAUCAAUCAGGUGGGUCAGCACUACCCUGAUACCAUCGAUCUGGGGGAUCAGCACUUCCCUGACACCAUCAAUCAGGUGGGUCAACACUACCAUGACACCAUCAAUCAGGACAGCAACAAUCAGGGUGGGUCAGCACUACCCCUGACACCAUCAAUCAGCCAAGUUUCCUCGAACUGUGUUUCGGCGUGGAUGGGGAAACCUACAGACAGAUCCACAUCUUACAAGUUUGGCAUCAGCAGCUAA